AAUGUACCCUCCCUAAACAGGUGUUAUUUCCAAAAUAGUGACCGCGUAGGAUUCGAACCGUAGUGCUUUUGUAUUUUUUUUAACAGAAUUUGGGGCCGUGAAUACAGGCUGGAUUUAAGCUGUGAUUAUGAUGAUGUAGGCGUGUGAUAAAGAUGUGAGCACAUGGAUACGCGCUUCCUUACUCAACUGGCUUUGUUUUUUAGCUGAAUGCCUUGUAGGUAUCUACUUGAGCUUUAACUCCGUCCUCUCAUUUGUGAGGGGAACUCUGUACUUGUAAUCAGCUUCCAGUGGCCUUGAAUGCUUGGUCUGGUUUCUGUUUGGAAAAUGAGAAUGUCUCUGUGGGCGGGUGUGGCAGUGGCCUCGAUAAUAUUAGGAUUGGGAGGGGUUGAUGCAGAGCUUUCAGUAGAUUACUAUGGAUUGACAUGUCCGCAAGUGGAGAAUAUCGUAAGAGGGGAGAUCUCUCGUAAGCAGGCUGCCAAUCCCGCCACUGCUGCGGGGCUUCUGCGCAUUUUCUUCCAUGACUGCUUUGUCGAUGGGUGCGAUGCAUCGGUGCUUAUAACUUCGACUGCACAGCACAAGGCAGAGAGGGACGCAGAUAUAAAUUUGUCUUUGUCGGGAGAUGGAUUCGAUGCCGUCACCCGCGCAAAGACCGCGGUCGAAGCGAAGUGCCCGGGCAUUGUCUCUUGCGCGGACAUCAUGGCUAUUGCGACCAGGGAUCUUCUAACUCUGGUUGGGGGACCGUACUAUGAUGUGAAGAAGGGCCGGAAGGAUAGCCUUGUUUCAGACGCAUGGCGAGUGGAUGGUAACAUUCCGCUCACCACCAUGAGUGUUGAUGAGCUUAAUACCCUGUUUGCAACCAGGGGUUUCAAUCAGACUGAAAUGACGGCUCUCUCAGGAGCCCACUCAGUGGGCUUCUCUCAUUGCAAGGAGUUCAUGGCCAGAAUCUACAAUGAUAAUCCCACGGAACAGACCAUUGAUUCUGAGUACGCACAGGGCCUGCAAAAGGUCUGCCCAAAGCAAAACACUGAUCCCAACAUGGCUGCCUUUAACGAUGUUCUUUCUCCCAAUAAAUUUGACAAUGUUUUCUAUCAGAGCCUGAGCAAGCAGCUUGGCCUGCUUGCCUCAGAUCAGAUUCUGUACACAGAUCCACGGACGAGGGGUGUUGUGAACUAUUAUGCCUCCAGCGAGGGGGCCUUUUUUGACGCAUUUGCAGCUGCCAUGGAUAAAUUGGGUAGUUUGAAUGUUAAGACAGGAUUUGAGGGAGAGAUCAGGCGGAGGUGUGAGGCUUUCAAUUGAACCUUGACAUUUUCUGUAUAUAUCUUUUUGUAAUUUGUACAUUGCAUUAUUCUUGACACGAUGGACAAUAAGAGCAUUUCUCAUAUGGUAGAA